UAAAUCUUUUCCCAAUAUAUAUGAGGAUUCCUCGUUAUAUUUAUCUAUAAUUAUACCAGCAUACAAUGAAGAAAACAGAUUAACAAAUAUGUUAGAUGAAACAUUGGAUUUUCUUAAUCAAAGAAAAGCUAAUGAUUCAAAAUUUAGCUAUGAAAUAAUUAUUGUUGAUGAUGGUAGUGCGGAUAAAACAACUAAAGUAGCACUAGAUUAUUCAAAAAAAUAUACAUCAAAAUAUGUGAGAGUUUUAACCUUAAAAAGAAAUAGAGGGAAAGGGCAAGCCAUUCGACUAGGUGUAUUAUGUUGUAGAGGUAAUUUAAUAUUGUUUGCUGAUGCUGAUGGUGCUUCAAAAUUUGGGGAUUUUGAAAAAUUAGAGGAUGCAAUUAUUCCUACUUUAAAAGAACCAACUUUGAUUUGUGGAUCAAGAGCUCACAUGCAACAAGAAGUUUUAGUCAGAAGAUCAUUUUUAAGAAAUAUUUUGAUGCUCGGAUUUCAGUAUAGUGUAAGUAUUAUCGGUGGAAUAAGCGGAAUCAAGGACACUCAAUGUGGGUUUAAAUUAAUGAAUCGAACUUGUGCGAUUUUACUCUUUUCCAAUCUUCACAUUGAAAGAUGGGCUUUUGACGUUGAAUUAAUAUACAUAGCAAAGAGAUUGAAAAUUAUAAUUAUCGAAAUGCCAAUAAAUUGGCAUGAAAUCUCCGGUUCAAAAAUAAUACCAGUAUUUAGUUGGCUACAAAUGGGAAAAGAUAUAUUGCUAAUACGUUUAAAAUAUAUGCUUGGAAUAUGGAAUAUUAAUCCUGACUACGCAAAACUAAUCCAAAAUCUUCAAACUCUUGAUACGAAUAAAAAGAUAUAAAUGACAACGAUAUUUUUUAAAAUGUGG